GAACUGAAUCAGAUCCUUAUGGAGACACCACCAGUGUGGAAAGGAUCAUCCAAACUUUUCCGUGAUCUUAAUGAGAAAGGUGUGAUAUCUUACACAGAAUAUUUAUUCCUCUUAUGUAUUUUAACAAAGCCUCAUGCAGGUUUUAGAAUUGCUUUCAACAUGUUUGAUACUGAUGGCAAUGAGAUGGUGGACAAAAAGGAAUUCUUAGUGCUACAAGAGAUUUUCAGGAAAAAAAAUGAGAAGAGAGAAAGAAAAGGAGAUGAAGAAAAACGUGCAAUGCUGCGUCUUCAACUUUAUGGAUAUCAUACUUCUACUAACAGUGUUCUUAAAACAGAAGGCGAGGACCUUGUCCCCAGAAGCUAUUGGGAUACUUUGAGACGUAGCACAAGCCAAGCACUCUUUUCGGACCUUGCGGAGCGUGCUGAUGAUAUUUCAAGUUCACUGUCAGAUACUACACUGCUUGUACACUUUUUUGGCAAGAAAGGAAAAGCUGAACUGAACUUUGAAGAUUUUUAUAGAUUUAUGGACAACCUACAAACUGAGGUUCUAGAGAUAGAAUUCCUUUCCUACUCUAAUGGGAUGAACACCAUCAGUGAGGAAGACUUUGCCCAUAUUCUUUUGAGGUAUACAAAUGUGGAAAAUACAUCAAGUUACCUGGAAAACAUGCGAUGCAGGAUUCCUGAAGAAAAGGGUAUCACAUUUGAUGAGUUUAGAUCAUUUUUCCAAUUCUUGAACAACCUAGAAGACUUUACAAUUGCAAUGCAAAUGUAUAAUUUUGCAAGUCGUUCCAUAGGUCAAGAUGAAUUCAAGCGUGCUGUGUAUGUAGCCACAGGUGUGAAGCUUUCACCACAUUUGGUGAACACAGUGUUCAAGAUUUUUGAUGUUGACAGAGACGACCAGUUGAGUUAUAAAGAAUUUAUCGGCAUUAUGAAAGACAGACUCAAUCGAGGGUUUAGGGGCUACAAACCUAUACAGAGGUAUACUACUUUCAAAUCCUGCGUGAGGAAGGAACUCUAUAGCAGAUAAAUGACGGAGACUCCAAAGUAUGGCUGGAAGGAAUAUUACUCUUGUGUGAUGACUGUAACCAGUGAACAUCUCAGAGAUCUGUGGAAGCAAUUUCGGAGACGAGAUAUGCUGAGAUAAAGGAAGAAAGAAGGAUUAUCUGCCCUGGCUAGAACUAUUUAUUCCUAUGAAUUCUUAGUGAAGAACAAACUAGCCCAGGUGAAUUGUGAAUCUUCCAGCUGCAGUAGAAAACACAGGACUCCUUUU